CGACCCGCUGAGGCUCAACAUGACACUCCUGGGCUCGGAGCAUUCCUUGCUGAUCCGAAGCAAGUUCCGAUCAGUUUUACAGUUACGACUUCAACAAAGGAGGACCCAGGAACAACUGGCUAACCAAGGCAUAAUACCACACUAAUCCAAGCCACAGCAGCCACACACUUACUGCAAGGCCUGGCACUGAAAAGCCCAACUGAAUUCCAUGAGCAAAGAAAAAAUUUGGAUAGUGACAAGACUGAAGAUUCCCUGAAGCGCAAGGCCAGAAACAGGUCCGACUGUGCCAACUUGGUUAAUAUGCACAUACUCCAAGUGCCCUCGUAUUGUUAAUCUGGAUCAUCAUUCACUUUGGAAUGUGAUUGGGACUCCCUACCUGGUUCCAUAGCCUCUAGCCUCCACUACUGAGAGGUCCCUCCCAUCUGCUCAGAUGAAGCUGAAAAGAGCCCGACUCGCAGAUGACCUCAAUGAGAAGAUUGCUCUCCGGCCCGGGCCCCUGGAGCUGGUGGAGAAGAACAUUCUCCCUGUGGAUUCUUCCGUGAAGGAGGCCAUAAAAGGUAAUCAGGUGAGCUUCUCCAAGUCAGCAGACGCAUUUGCCUUCGAGGAGGACAGCAGCAGUGAUGGGCUUUCUCCAGAUCAGACUCGAAGUGAAGACCCUCAGGGCUCAGCAGGGUCUCCUCCAGACACUAAGACCUCCGAGACCUCCUCGUUGGCUGGCCCACUGGGGACAAUCCAGGAUCUUGCUUCUGGCUCAGAAAGUGAUAAGAACGACUCAGCCUCACAGUCCAGCAACCAUCCAGACCCAGGGAAGCAAAGCCUUGGCCCCCUCAAUGCUCCCAUCCCUGUACACACUGCCGUAAAGUCCAAGUCCUUGGGAGACAGCAAGAACCGCCACAAGAAGCCCAAGGACCCCAAGCCGAAGGUGAAGAAGCUCAAAUACCACCAGUACAUCCCCCCAGAUCAGAAGGCGGAGAAGUCCCCUCCGCCCAUGGAUUCAGCCUACGCCCGCCUGCUCCAGCAACAGCAGCUGUUCCUACAGCUGCAGAUCCUCAGCCAGCAGCAGCAGCAGCAACAACACCGGUUCAGCUACCCUGGGAUGCACCAAGGCCAGCUCAAAGAAUCAAGCGAGCAGAUGAUCAGAAAUCCAAGCUCCUCUUCAACACCCAUGAGCAGUACGCCACUAUCCCCUGUCAAGAGCAGUUUUUCUGGACAAACUGGUGUCUCUUCUCUCAAACCAGGCCCACUGCCACACAACCUGGAUGACCUGAAGGUCUCUGAAUUAAGACAACAGCUUCGAAUACGGGGCUUGCCUGUGUCAGGCACCAAAACAGCCCUCAUGGACCGGCUUCGGCCCUUCCAGGACUGCUCUGGCAACCCGGUACCCAAUUUCGGGGAUAUAACAACAGUCACUUUCCCUGUCACACCCAACACUCUGCCCAAUUACCAGUCCUCCCCUUCCACCAGCACCUUGUCCAAUGGCUUCUACCACUUCGGCAGCACCAGCUCCAGCCCUCCCAUCUCACCUGCUUCCUCCGAUCUGUCAGUGGCAGGGUCCCUGCCCGACGCCUUCAACGACGCCUCCCCCUCCUUCCUGCACCCAUCUCCAGUGCACGUCUGCGCAGAGGAGAGUCUCAUGAGCAGCCUCAAUGGGGGCUCGGGUCCUCCCGAAUUGGAUGGGCUGGACUCUGAGAAGGACAAGAUGCUGGUGGAGAAGCAGAAGGUGAUCAAUGAGCUCACCUGGAAACUGCAGCAAGAGCAAAGGCAAGUGGAGGAGCUGCGGAUGCAGCUGCAGAAGCAGAAGAGGAACAACUGUCCCGAGAAGCAGCCACUGCCUUUCUUGGCCACCUCUAUCAAGCAGGAAGAAGCCGUGUCCAGCUGCCCUUUUGCCUCCCAACCGGUAUCUGUGAAAAGACAAAACAAUGGCUCAGAGAGUCAACCACCGGCAUGUGAGGCGGCCCAGCUCCUGCCCCUUGGGACUGCCCAUUGUGUGGAACCCUCAGGUCAAACCAAUGUACUUUCUUCCACGUUUCUCAGCCCCCAGAGCUCCCCGCAGCAUUCACCGCUGGGGGUGGUGAAAAGCCCCCAGCACAUCAGCCUGCCCCCAUCUCCCAACAACCAUUACUUCCUCCCUUCAUCUUCUGGGACCCAGGGAGAAGGGAAUGGGGUGUCCUCACCCCCCAGCAGUCAGGUCUGUUCUGCGCAGAACUCUGGGGCACAUGAUGGCCAUCCUGCGAGCUUCUCUCCACAGUCUUCCAGCCUUCACUCCCCUUUUCCAGGAGCCCAGGCAGACAGCAGUCAUGGUGCUGGGGGUCCCAAAAGUCCAGGAGUUCAGCAAAAGAUGGCUGGUUUACACUCUUCUGAUAAGGCGGGGCCAAAGUUUCCAAUUACAUCCCCAACUUUUUCUAAGUCAAGUACAGCGGUUUCAGAGAUUACGCAGCCUCCAUCCUAUGAAGAUGCGGUCAAGCAGCAAAUGACUCGGAGUCAACAGAUGGAUGAGCUCCUGGAUGUCCUCAUUGAAAGUGGAGAAAUGCCCGCUGAUGCCAGGGAGGACCAUUCAUGCCUUCAGAAAGUCCCCAAGAUGCCUGGGCCCACCCAGAGCCCAACUGCAGUCCUCCCCAAGCCCUCAGCCUCCUUCGAUCAGACGUCCUCAGGAGGCCAGCUGGCCUUUGAACACUAUGCCGCUGACAGCGAUGAGCACCUCGAAGUCUUACUCAGUUCCCAGAGUCCCUUGGGAAAGAUGAGCGACGUGGCCCUUCUGAAGCUCGGGGGUGAGGAGGCUCCUUUUGAUGGCAUUGUGGACGGCUUCUCUGGGAAGGCAACAGAAGACCUCUUCAACGCCCACGAGAUCUUGCCAGGCCCACUCUCCCCGAUGCAGACACAAUUUUCACCUUCUUCCGUGGACAGUAAUGGGCUGCAGUUAAGCUUCACUGAAUCUCCUUGGGAAACCAUGGAGUGGCUGGAUCUGACUCCGCCCAGUUCCACACCAGGUUUCAGCUCCUUGGCCACGAGUGGGCCCAGCAUCUUUAAUAUUGACUUCCUGGAUGUCACAGAUCUCAAUUUGAAUUCCCCUAUGGACCUUCACUUACAGCAGUGGUAGAAGGCCUGGUAUGGCCAAGCUUAGGAAAAGCACACUCCCAGAAAUUGCCAAAUUGCCCUCCCUCCGUCCCCGAACAAGGAGAAAAAGAAGGGAAUUAAAAAGAAGCAAAAUGGAAACUUCUGUGACAAGCAACAGAAACUAGCAGGAGCCAUUUUUUAAAUGUAUAUAUAAAUAAUGUCAUGUUUACCAACAUUCAAUAACUGCUAGUGAUAUUAACAAUGAAUUCAAAAAUAAGUUUUCGCAGUUUGAGGAUGUCAACAACAACAACAAAAAUCUUCUCACUUGCCUUUUCAAAACCAAUAUAUUUUUUUCUAACCUGUAACUUUUCUCAGGCAUUGUUGGGGCACAAGCUCAUACUGUAAGCUCUUCUCGUUAAUUUCCUAGACAGACUGUGGACAGAAAACACAGUCUCUUGGGAGUACAGGAAAGGACAUGCCCACAAGGGAGGCAGUGUCUCCAGUCUCCCUUAUCUGCCUUUCAGAAGAGAGACCAGGUUCAACUUUAGUGAGGGAAUUCUUGAGAAAGAAUAGGAGGACCUAAUCCAUCCCUUCCCAGGAAAGUACAAGUUGACUCCGUGCCCCCCACCCACAGCUGCCCCCCCGGAGUGGCUCCCAUCCUGUACUCGGGACUCUUCUUGGUGACUUAGGACCACUCGUCUGCAUUUGGUCUGGAGAACCCCACACAAAACUUCCCUGUCUUUCAACCAACAACCCGGGUGCUCAAUCCCAUCUUCUCUGUGCGGAUCGGUGUUGUUUAUCAGGUGAGAACUUGAAAGCAUGAAAUUACACCUGCCUGGAAGGAGACUCCUCAGGUUCUCUACACACUUGGCUUUUGAUCCGAAGACCAGAGAUGCCCACAUGAGCAGGAAGCCUCCACAGGCGUGACUGAGACAAACCUAGAGCGACACGUGGCUUUGUACAACCCAGGAGUAAACUCCAAGGGUUGUUCUAUCAGGACUGUCCAUUAUGGAGGUUCAACUUUCUGUUUUGUGUUGGAGAGAAGGAUCCACCUUCAUUGAUUUCCCUUCUAUUCUUUUUCUAUUACUUUGUUUUACAAACUGCUCAUCAUGUCUGGCUCCUCUCUUUCAGCCCUUCCUUUUCUGUCCCAUUGGGAGAGUAUGAGUUUUCAACUUUAAUGAGCCUUACUCCUAACAAAACAGGUUUUUAAGCUAAAAAAAAAAAAAAAAAUAAUCCAGAUUCUCCCACAGAACUCAUUCUACACAGAGUUUUGCUUCCAGAGGAAGUUGAAAGAGUUUCUUUAGAAAUGGAUGACUUGGCCCAUCAAGUCACCAAGCUCAUUCUAUUGCCAUCUGAUAUACCGGUAAUCAUAGAUUUGUGUUCCUCUAGGGAAAUUGGAAAUCUUACAUUGCGAAGGUGAAUAUGGGUAACAUUUACUUACAGAAGAGAGUAUUUCAGGUCUGGGGUUCUGAAAGAAAGUACAACUGCCCGUGGCAAAGCAAUGGAAGGAAAGAAGACAUGAACUAAUAUGCAUUCCUUAUCAUCUCUCAUGCUUUAGCUGGGAGAAAGAAACUCAACUUUCAAGAGAGUCUCCAUAGGACUCACUGUGGCUCCCACUCACCAUGUGAUAGUGUUACAUGCUGUAGAAAGUAGCUGUUGCUGUUGUUGUGUUGUUGUUGUUGUUUUAAUUUAAAUCACCGAGGCACUGUUUUCCUUUGUAAAAAAAAAAGUUGUUCACUGUGCACUUAUAGAGAAAAUAAUCAAAAAAUGUUGUGAUUUUAGAAGUUCUCGCCUGGAUAAGCCAAAGAUCUAGAAGUCAUUCCAUUGUUAACUUGUAAAAAUGUGUGAACACGGAGUGUUUUUGGUGAAUGCUACUCUGAAAGCUGUCAGAACUUGAUGGGAGGGCAACACACACACGUGUAUAGAUAUAUGCAU